CAUAUAACCAGAAAUGUAACUGAGCCUCUGAGCUGGCAUUCCUGACUUCCGCUCCUUUGAUAUGACUGGCCUAACCAGAAGGCGUCGCACCGCCCAGCAGAUCCUCUUGCGACGAGCCUUGAAUAAAAGCGUUAGCAGAGACCAUGCACCCACCGAAUUGGUCCAGGGUGACGGUUUGGAAACCCCUCACCUGAUCGGGAACUUGCAGCAGACCAGUCGAAUUCAGCAGAGAUCCUCGUCGAGAGCAGUGAGGAAACUGCACAGGAUUUUGGCAGCCAAUCCUUUUAGGAUUUUGAGUGAGAGGAAAACAGCAGGAAAAUUGCCAGGAAGUGAACUCAAAAAGCAGGACUCUCGAUCCUGGAGGAAACUAAAGCCAAGUGAGGAUAAACCAACCUUAAGCGGUCACAGUUUGAAACCUAAUGAACACUCUAGGGGCAGCACUCGAUCUCGACACAGUUCCUCCACUUAUCCCUCCACCUGGCAGCUAAAUCUCAGUAGAGCCAAGGAAGAACCGAAGGAAAAUCCAAACGGAUCUCUUGAGGAGAUUAUCAAUUGUUCGAUUCUCAAUCGAACGCCCUAUGAUCACAAGCUUAAUACGCCCCUCAAGUCGGAUAAUUCCUGUCAAUGCGCUAUAAAUAAGAAAGCAAGAAGAAGGAGCAGGAAAACCAAAGUGGUUUCUGGGGAAUGUAAUAAAAGAAAUCCCUCGGAAGAAAAAAAUGUCCAACUAAGUAGCCUAUUCCAAAGAUUGAAAGAAAGAGUCUACAGUGGCGAGGAAUUUAGACAAGUUCGAAGGGUUUGCAGAAAUUCAUCCAAAACCAGCGGAAACUCUAGGAUAUCUUUCGAUUGUAAGAAAAAUUGUCCUGGACGAUCUUACAAGAAUUAUGGGGGCUAUAGUCCCUCAGAAACGGAUACUGAAAUGCCAGCUGAGUACCAACCCAAGCUGCAAAGCCGGUCCGAUUAUCUAAACAAAAUAGAGAGAAUCAGCAAGCCCCCCUCAGGAUUAGACAAGAAGUGGAGCCUUAAACUGCCCAGCAAUACGGAAAUCCAACAAUAUAUGGACAACCCAGCCGUGGAUCAACCCAAGUACAAUCCUCAAAAUCGGGAGGCACGAAAAAAGAUUUCUCAUUGCUAUUGUACAAAAGGAAAGAGAAACAGCAACCAAGAGCCUAGAUCGAAAAGACGUGGUCUAAAUAACUCUAAUUUCUCAAAUGAUUCUAUACUUGGUAAUCCAAAAUAUGGGGAUAAAAUACCUUCACAAGCUAGCUUAUUAUCGUCUGAAAAAUUUUCUCAGCGCUUUAAUGAUAUAGAGGGUGAAGAUAAUUUAAGCCAAAGUGAAUUUGGAACAUCAAAUGUUUAUCAACAAAAUGUUAUAUCUUAUGAAAAGAACACUUCAAAUGUUUAUCAAAGCAAUAAAUAUGAAAGUAAAAGACGUCCUUACUCUGACCGAGAUGAAUACGCUUCAAAUGAUUCAGAUAAUCCGAAAACAAGGACAUCUGCCGAGUACAAUCAAACGGAUAAAGGAUCCUACAAUGCCAGGAAUCUUCAAUCUUCAAAGUAUCGAAAAGCUGGGGAUCAAAGAACCACUCCAAGUUUCAGUUCUAAGGAUCCAUCUCUAGGAUCCUUGAAAAUGGCGAACGCAGAGGAAGCAGGAAGAGUAAAAAACAGUGUUCCAAAAUGCGUUGAAGCCAUUACCCAGACUUCUGAAUUAGUUAUAACCUAUAGAAACUCUUCAGAAAUGACUUACAAUGCAAGACAACCCAAGAAAAUGCAGAAAAAUUUAGUUAGAUCCAACUUAGGAACGUCCAAUCAAGAAAAUGUCAAGCAAGUACAGUCAGGUAAAACUCCGAAAUCCAAACAACCCCAACAAGAUAAGGCACCGCUAUCGAAACCAACUGGCUUAAGUCUAGUACAAUCCAAUUCUCACAUAAUUGAAUCCCCUGAAGAGCAAUAUGGCGUAGUACAAUCUAGUCAAGUAGAACUUGAAUCGCCCCAAGAAUCCUUUCAAUCGCAAGCAAACUCGGUAAGAUCCAAUAUAGAAACACCCAAUCAAGAAUAUAUUAAGAAGGUAAAAUCAGGUAAAGCGACUCCGAAAAACGAACAACCCCGACAAAUGAAAAGGAAACCUUCGAAACCAUCAAUUCAAUCUAACCAAAGUAAGCCACAAAAAUCAGAACCCACUGGUUUAAGUCUAAUGCCGUCCAAAUCCUUUAUAAAUCUAUCCGAAGAAAAGCAACAUCGUCUAGUAAAAUCCAGUUCCUCAGAACUAAUAGCACCUGAAGCUACUGCUCCAAAAACUAAAAAGGUAAUUCGUACUCGGAAAAGGAAAAGAAGUCGAUGUUUCAGUUGCUGUAGUCGAUGUAGUACUCGAAAAAGAUCCAUGAAGAAAGCUAACCCAUCCGAUAAAACUAAAAGUUCGAUGUGUGAGAAUUGCCAAUGCAAAAUGCCGACUACAAAGUCGAAAGAGGGAAUAUCCAAAUUGUCAACUAGCAAUGGCAAUUGUGAUGUUCGGGAACUAUUAGAUAUUUUGCAAAAAACUGUAGCAGGACUGGAGAAACAAAUGAAUAACAGAAAGGGAUUUAAAACAUCUAAGAACACCAAGUCAAAAUCAAAAUUAAAUGAUGUCCGUGCACAACACCUUUCUUAUCCACAAGAUAAUUAUAAUUCGGAAAGAAAUAGAUUCGAUGAAGGUAUGGCCACUUUUCGAAAUCAACAAUAUAGUUCAACUACUCCUACCAAUGUUGAAAGAACAAGGAAUGUAUACCAAACUGAGGAUUAUAGCAACAGAAGAUUUGGUUUCGAUGGGGGAAACUCAUCGAAUAUUUUUCGAACUAAUUCGUACACGGGCUUUAGAGGUCCAAAAUCUUCAAGUUACGGAGCAAGUCCAAAUAGUGUUGAAAUAUCUGCAACUACCUAUCAAAAUAACCCAAUUCAAAGGACAGUUAUGCCUGAAAAUGAAUCUUUUAAUAAAGGUUUAGGUCCUCGCUCUUUAAAUAAUGAAGCAAGUCUAAAUUAUAGUCAACCAUCAGCGAAUAACAAUCACAACAACACAUUUCAAAGGGAACCAUUUCCCCAAAAUGACCGAUUUAAUAAUGGAUUCAACGCAGUCAAUGAUGAGGUGCCAUAUAGGAAUGAAGAACCAUAUAGAAAAAAUGAAUAUGAUUACCCCAAAGAAAUAAGCGAACGUAAAAGUCAACCGUAUCGAAACCAGGAACCCUUUAAAGAACCCAUAGGCAUUACAAAUGAAACAAAUGGUCAAACCAUGGGAUAUUAUAAUAAUCAAAGUUUUAAUCAACCAUUGAUUCGAGAGUGUCUAUGCACUAGGAACAAUCCCCAAAUGGAGGUUUACGAUCAGAACCCUUUUGCAAGGAAGCCAAUGACGGAUUCAGCUUAUAGCCAAGCUUCAAAAGGUACAACAAAUUCAGGAAGACCGAAUCCAAAGGAAAUAUGCAGAGGACCAGAGUUUUGCCCAUAUCGAAGUAUGUACAAUGCAGAUGAUGGUCAAAGAAACAGAGGGCCAGUAACCUUUCAAGAUGUACAUCCAGAUAUACCUAACUCAGAAAGCAGGGUCCAAAAGCCUCUACAAAUAUGUGACAAUUCUAUUUGCCCUUAUGCAUCACAAAAUUCUAAAUCGUGGAAUAGUCCAAGCCUUCCCAUUUCAAAUCAAAAUCAACCUUAUCCAACUAAAAUUGACUCACCCAAGUGCGACCCUGAAUGUGUUUAUGAGCAAUCAAUAAAUUCAGGGUCUUGCAAAGGCCCCGAUCAUUGCCCAUAUCGGAACAAUAGAGGGGUAGUAACUUUUGAAGACAGUAAUAAAUCCAGAAAUUAUCAAGACCCUUCAACUGGCCAAGAAGCCAUGCAAUAUUCCACAUUGAGAGAGAAUCCAAUUUACCCCUUAUCAAAUAGAACUCAAUCUUAUCCAAGGGAUAAUGAUCUUGAUUGUUUUUGUGAAGAGGAGAGACACAUACCUUUUCAAAAGGGUGGCACCGCUAAUAACUCUGAAGACUAUUGCGGAAUUCCACAUUGUCCAGAAAAUAAUACAUUUAAUAAUGUAGCAACCCGCACUGAAAGAAGACAAACUUAUCCCGACUUCCCAGAACAAGAACCGCUUUACAGGAGUUCCAAUAAAUAUCAGAACAAAAAAGCAUUAUAUCAACAAGAACUACGCGAAUGUCCUGGAAGACAAGUGCUUUUAGAGCACUCGAAUGAUCAAAUUGGUCCAAGUAGAGCAGAAGAAAAUGUAAACUAUGCAGAAAACCAAACAUAUUUUAAUGAUCCCAGGCAUCAGAAGUUUAAAGAGACUUAUGGAGCGGAAGAGUGUUUACUAACUUGUCCGACGAGACUUAAGUGCUCUCAUCAAGAUGAUAAAAGAAGAGGGGGUCCGCGAAUUACUGUAGUUAGUAGCAACCGAAGAGACGAAAAAAACAAUAGAACAAAGAAUAAUAAACAAUCAUAUCUAGGUUCAAAUGAUUUAGAACCAUGCUUAAGUCCCAAAUGCCCCAAUAGAUUAAAUAGAGUUUCCAAUAAAGAGAAUUUAUGCAACAACCGAGAAUGCCCUGAAAAAAGAUUGAAAUCCAAUAAGAAAGCAAAACAGGUUUACCAAAACGGUAACGAUUUAUGUGAAAAUCCAAAUUGUCCCGAUAUAAACCCGACUAGAAGGGAACGAUAUACGGUCAAUAACUCUAUAAAUGACAAUAGAAAAUGGAAAAGGGAAAGGCAAACACAAUUAGAGGAAAACACAGAAGGUGUAGACUCUCAGGAUUCAUGCUCUGAAGAUUGUCCCAAUCGAGGAUACUUUACAAAUCCUAAUAAUCAAAAUAAACAACCAACUGAUGACUGGAAAACCUGCGGAAAUCCAAAAUGCCCAGAUAGAUCAAAAAGGCUCUCCAACAAGGAGAAUUCGCGAAAGGAUUCCAAGUCCCCCGAAAAAAGAACAAGGUGCACAACUCAAAGAUAUGAAAAUGUUUAUGAUAACUCAGAAAGUCCCAUUAAAAAUAGAACAAACAGGGAUCGAAAUAAGUAUCCAACUGACAACGAUCAUUAUAAUAGAAUUGGUUCCAAAAGAAAAUACAAUCAGCAAUUGUGUGAGAAUCCAAAAUGCCCCGAUAAAAAAAAUAUACACAGGAAACGGAAUGAAAAUGGAUAUGCAGCACAUGAUUCGCAAAAAGUAAGUUCUGAAAGACGAUCGUCGUAUAGCGAAAAAAGAUCAACAGAUCAACGGAAAAGUCCAAAAUCAAUAUGCCCUGAUCCCGACUGUCCAGAACGGAAAGAAAAAGAUAACGAGAAAGAUCCAGACUUAAAUCGUACAAAUGGUUAUGAUCGCCAACGGUAUCGAUUUAACAAUGAUAUAAAUAAUGGUAAUCUUGAUAAUGGUUUUGAAGUCUGCGACAAUCCGAAAUGUCCAGAUAGAUUAAGAGAAGAUGGCAAUAGAAAGAACUAUGACGAUAAUCAUUAUGAAAAAGAAUUGUGUGAGAAUCCACAUUGUCCCGAUAAAUUAAAUAAAUCAUCUAAAGGGGAAAAAUAUUCAAUGGAUGAAGAAAUAGGUCCGAAUGAUACCGACGAGCUAGAUCUCUGCUCUACGGAUUGUCCCGAGCGUUAUCGAGUUCUCUUUACCGAUCUGCGUAGAUGUAAAAAUAAACAAAAUAAAACAAGUCGUCAAAGCAGUGGAAGAGCGGAUAUAUACGAUGAUGAUCACAUCAGAACAAAGUCCUGUAACGCAUGCAAGCGAUAUGUACCUCUUGAAAGGGAUCGUCAGGCGAUUAACAAUUAUUGUAAUCCCUGUAGAACUGAAGCAGCAAAGAAGACCGAAUCUGUAGAAAGCUUAGUAAGAGCCAUCUGCAUAAGCCCUGGCAAGCAAGCACCAAUUUUUGUUAGAAAUAGACACAAUCCCCUUGUGACGGAUCCGAUUUUCAAUAGCUACGACAAACAUAUUUUGAAAAAUUUUGAAAAAUACAAAGAGGAAAAUAAACUGCGAAAAUGUAUUAAAGACUGUCCUUUUAUUAAUCGUAAGAAUAUUUCGCAUAAAAGUUCCUCUGAUUGCAGUUGCGAAAUAGAACCCCAAGAAUAUAUUCCCCCCUGCGAUUGCCAAAGAGACAAAAUUGUAGAAUACGAAGAUACGAAAAAAAAUAAAUCCAUAGUCUCGUUCUUCGGUUGUUGUACAAAAUCACCAAAAGAUGAAAGUAAAUUGGAGCCCGAACCACAGAGGAAAAUUGAGACUGCUCAAAAAGACAAAACUGGAUCGAAACCAAUAGAGAAAACUGAAUCAAAAUCGAGUGUAUUUAGCUGUUUCAAAAGAAAGGAAAAACCUCCACAAGAAGAAACUAAGCCAAAAGAGAAAGCUGCAUCCAAGUCGAGUGGAUUUAGCUGUUUCAAAAGGAAAGAAAAGGUUCCCCAGGAAAAGCCGAAACCCAAAGAAAAAACUCAAUCUAAGUCGAGUGGAUUUACCUAUUUAAAUAAAACGGAAACGGUUCCCCAGGAAGAGCCGAAACCUAAAGGGAAAGCAGCAGGAUCAACCAAAUCGAGUGGUUUUCUCUGUUUCAAAAAAACCGAAAAACGGCCCCAAGAAGAUAAACGUGAAAAAGAAAAAUCUAAAGACACAAGUGAAAAACAAUCGAAGCGAAGCGGAUUUUUCAGUUGGUACAGAAAAUCCGAUACUCCCAAGGAAUACAGGCUAAAAAUAGAGGAAGUCCCCUCGACUCCAGAUUGCACAUGUAGAAGUGAAUCGCCACCCAAAGACGAAGAGGUUCCUAUGCUUCAACCUGGAGUUCCCUUCCGCUGUCCAUGUGCCCCCGAUGACAUCGACGAUGGCGAGGUAAAGGUCUUAUAUGACUCUAGUUUCCGUUUUCAAAAGGAGAGCUGCAGUUGUGCUGAAGUUCCGAAAACCAUAUACUGCCAUAAUAAUCCCCAAAACCCUGGACAGGAUACUUCGGAUUGGUAUGCUUCGUCGCGUCCAAGUUCAGUUACAUCCUGCCGCCAAAAUAUCGAGGAGCAGGAGAUACCAUACUGCCCAUGUGCUAGUGCUAAUGGGUUCUAUAAAAUUGUGCGGUAACUAUGAUUGAGAGUUUCAACGAAAACAUUAACAUUUUUGAGAAAAUUCCCAAUCAUAAUUACUUAAAGUAAGUAGUUAA